AGUCCGGCAUCCUCCUUCGGCUACCCCGCCGGCGGCGCCCCUCUCCCCCUCCCCUCCUCUCUCCGCCGACGUCGACGCCGGUCCGAGCGUGGUCGGCGAGAGGGAUCGCGGGGCGGUGCGGCCGGCGACCCAGUCUCCUCCCACGGCCGGCGGUCCUCAUCUUCUCCCCGACCGGCGGCCCUCCUCCCCUGGCCGGCACCCUCAGAGCUCGUCGACGGCUACCAGGAGAAAUCGGCACCGGAUCUGGCGGCUCGCCGGCGGCGUGGUUGAGUGGCCUCGGCGGCGGAAGGCUCCUCUUCUCCCCCGCUGCUUGUUCUCGCUUCCGCCGCCAUCUUGUGCUGCCGCUCUCGUUCUCUACUCACAAAUUUCGUUCAGUCCAUCUCCGUCACCAUCGCUAUCCACUUCUGCUACCGCCGCCAUCGCCAUCCGCUUCCGCCACCGCUGCAGUCGCUCGGUCACAUCCACCGGCGCCGCCAUCACCAUCCACUUCCACCACCGCCGGUAUUACUCGUAUCCACUUCUGCUACCGGAGCCAUUGCUCCGCCACAUCAACCCACCUCCGCCGCCAUCGCCAUCGGCUUCCGCCACCGCUACCGUCGCUCGGCCACAUCCACCGGUGCCGCCAUCACUUUCCACUUCCACCGCCACCGGUAUUACUCGUCCAGAUGCUUGGCAGCUGCUCUGAUCCACCUCCAACUCCACAAGCAGCUGUGAAAACUUCUUUUUAUUAUCAGUGAGAAGCCAAACAUAUAUUUUUAUAGGGUGAGAGAGGAGAGAGGAGAGAGACCCGAUCAAGAUUCCGAGACGGAGCCAGCAAGCGCUGCGAUAAUGGCGACGGCGGAGAAAAAGAGGCCUCGGAGCAGCAGCAGCAACGGCGGCGUGGGGAAGAGGCUGAGCAGGAAGGAGAUAUUGGGGAGAAAGAAGGCUGUCAAAGAACUUAUAAGGAAAGCUGUAGCCAUGAAGGAUCAUCUAGCGCAAUUUCCUGAUUUUCACAAGUAUCAGAGCAAUGGUCUUUUGGUCUACUUGGAGUAUGGAUAUGGAAAUCAACUUCCAUUACCAACAAGGAAGUAUAUCCAAAAUCUUCUCAAGGUUAACAUGGAGGGACAAUAUGGGCCAGAAUGGCCUUCAGAAGAGAAAGUUAAGCGCCGGGAAAUGGUUGCCCCAGAAGCACGAUAUAUCUUUGUCCGGCAAUCUUCAAAUGCCAUUACCACCCAAAAUAUUAUGAAGCAAGAUUCAAGACUAGAAUUUACACAUGAAGCAUGUAAUGAAGAUCGCUUGAUUGGUUUUGUACACUACAGAUUUGUUUUGGAAGAAGAUGUUCCUGUUGUUUAUGUCUAUGAGUUACAGAUGGAGUCUUCUGCCCAGGGGAAGGGGCUGGGAAAAUUUCUAAUGGAGUUGGUCGAACUUAUAGCCUGUAAGAGCCAAAUGGGAGCAGUAAUGUUAACAGUUCAGAAAGCUAAUAACCUUGCUAUGGCUUUCUACAAGAAGUUGAGAUAUGUAAUAUCCAGUACUUCGCCAUCGCGAGUAGAUCCAUUGAUUGGACUUGAAAAAAACUAUGAGAUUUUAUGCAAGGCAUUUGAAUCUGAAGCAAAGUCCAUAUUAGAGGAAGGCAACUGAAAACUCCCAGCGCAAUGACCAAUCUUGUUACAAUGUGAUGUGAUGAUGGAUGUUGUUCUUCACUACAGUAUUGACACCUUACCGGGUACAGCGCUACAGCUCACGCUUGAGCGGCAUAUCGUCAGGCCACCGUGUUACUGCAAUGCAUACAGAUUGCACCGUUUUUGUCUGAAUGAAGCUGUUCCUGCUAAUCCAUUCUGGGAAACAAACACGAUUGGCUGGCCCAUAUUCUUUCCUUGCAAAACGCAAUUGUACACUGUUCUUGCCUCUCGAUCCAUGUUCGGAUUUUUCUGGGAUGAAGAAUGCUUGAGCAUGCAUGGGGCGGCACAGCACCAUGGGAACCGUAAAAAUGCUCGUCUUAC